UGUACCUUUUUGCAAGCGCGAGUAUAAGCUUUGAGGUGAAUUGAGUUUCUCUUCAUUGUUUAAAUGAAGUUUUUUCAUCUACGUAUUCGAGAAGUUUAUUGUUUAUCAGUACUUAUAAAAAAAGUGUCAAGCCUAGUUUUUGUAUACCCUGUAAAACAUUUUUGUGUAUAGUCAAUGCAUAUAAAACAAUUUUUGUUUUGCUGUCCCAAAACUAAAAAGAUUAUACGACGUUUUCAAGCUGAUACAAAAUUAUUACUCAGUUUACAAUAAAUACAGUGUUUUAACAAGAACGUCCGGUGUUAUUUAGGACCUGCUGUCUUGCCAUAUGUACUUGAGCAGAUUAAAAUGGGCAAAUCAAGUAAAGCACAAGAUCAAUGGUUACAAGAGUUUGAACAAAGGGCUUUUCAUAAAACCUCUGAGCAAGAAAGAAUACGAAAAUUAGAGAAAUCUGAAAAGCUAAAGGAGCUUACAGAGCUCCUUAAAAACACAUGUAUAUACCAAACUCAAUCAAAUCAUUCACUGUUAAGUACACAAAAUAAAAGACAUAUAGCAUCAACUGCAACUUGUUUAACAGCGGAGCAAUCAGAGAAUCAAGACCAUGGCAAUGAAUGUACUUUAAAUAAAUUCCUUGGAAAAGUUUCGAUAUCUAAAGCUGGUUUCUUCCCAAAAGUAAGAAAGAUAAGUCUUAAAUCAUCAAUCAACUUGUUGCCCUUGUCACCGCUCAAUAUCGGAAACCCAACUGAUUUAUCACAGAGAGAAUUUCAAAAAUAUAUUCUUAUCGAACGUUAUUUUUGCGAAUAUAAAGACGAUUUAAAAAAAAAUGAAAAUAAACUUCACAAAGAGCAUAUAACAAAAUAUACUGCAAUUUCACCAACAAAAAUGUUAUCAAAGUUAAAAGCAUGUGAAAUUAAUACCAUUGAAACUAUAUUAUAUGUUAAACUCCAAUAUGAUGCCAUACUAGGUCACACUAAUUGUUGUACACAGAAUUUAUCGCCCAGUCUUAACCUAAGUAUAUGUGAGGUUCAUCAAACUCAACCAAAUCAAUUUUUUCCUGAUGCCCCAAGUCCAGGAAAUAACAAUAAUUGUAAGAAAGAUGUUUUUUCUACUUCGGAGUUCUUAGCACAGUUGCUUAAUGGAUCUUCAGAAACUAAUAUUUCGGAUGAUUGUCGACAGAUUUGCACAGAUACCCGCACCCACAUAGCUGAAGAAAUUUAUCGAAAUGAGCAAUCGUACGUUGAGUCUUUGCAGAUGGUUGUCUUGAAAUAUUUAAAUGUUCUUAAAUCACCCGAGUAUGCUGGCAUGAUUGAUUCUAAAACGGUAGACGAAAUAUUUUUCAUGGUACCAGAAAUACUCUUAAUUCAUGAAAGGUUUUUAAAAGAACUGAAAAAACGUCUAGACAACUGGGUACCAAACCAAAAAGUAGGUGAUGCAUUCAUUGAAAUUUUUUCAAAAACAGAAGUAUUAGAAGUUUACACAUCUUUUGUAAACAAUUGUAAUAGAGCGAAAAAUGCUAUCCGUACAGCCAAACAAUCGAGACCUUCAUUUGCCAGGUUUUUGGAGACAACAGCUAGAGAGCAUAAGGGAAAACUCACUUUGGACAACCUUUUAAUUAAACCAGUUCAAAAAUUUCCAAACUAUGAGAUGCUAUUUACCAGGCUUAUAAAGCAUACAAUCGGAGAACAUCCAGAUCAAAAACAUCUUCAAGAUGUUUUGAAACUUGUUCAUGAUAUACUAGUUCAUAUAAACUGUAAAGAAAAGGAAAUUUUAGUAAAUUUUCAAAGACAGGCAACCCUGCGUGAGCUAGAAAAUAUAAUUGAAGGUGUAACAAACCUUAAUGGUCCUGAUCGCCAAUUCAUUAUAUUUGACCUGGUAUCUAUGACAACUGCUCCGGGCGUUAAAAAGGAAAGAGGAUUUUUCCUUUUUAAUGAUUUUUUACUGAUAACAAGCCUCAAACGAAGAAGUGGAUCAGUCAGGAAACCAAAUACAUCUUACUGCCCUGCAAAUAUUGCAGUCACCUUGGAUACUACAAAAUAUAAAUUUUUAACCAAAGUAUUACUAGUCAAUUUGGAAAAUGUAAAAUCAAAAGAGGAUGAAUUUCGAAAAGAGAGUGAUAACUUGGAAAAUUUACCAGAUGAUUGUAAUAAACUUCAAAAAAUUUCUGAAAUUGCUUCAACAAUCAAAUAUCCACAUCAAAUGUUGGAAGAAGCCAUACGAAAUAUACAUUUAGAAAUACAAAAUCUGUUAUUUGAACGUGAAUUAAAUGCAACCCGUCUUAAUGCGUUGGAAAUAACGAUCAAUUCACCAAAUGGAAGAGAGCAUUUAGAAAUAAUGUUUACCAAUGCAGAAAAACGGUUUCAAUGGGAAGAGGCAUUCAAUGAAGCUAAGCAAAAACUAGCCUUAACUUCAGAACAGCAUCCCGUUCCGGAAUUUGUUACCUCAAUUCCUAUCGUUAAGACAAGGGCUGGUUUACAGUUUACAUGUGCAGAACCAACUUUAAGUGAACCAAAAGAAGUCUGGGUAUGUAACAGUGAUGGAUAUGUUGGACAAGUUUGUAUUAUGAGCCUACUCCCGGAACCUAAUGUUACCAGCUGUAAUGGAGUUUGUAACGCAAGAAUUUUAUGCUUGACAUCGGCUCCUGCGAUAAACGAUAGUAAAACAAACAACUUUUCUACUUCAUCAAACGAGGAUAUAUGUUCUAGUGAAGACAAAGAGACCAGCUCACUUAAAAACUCUGAAAAACAAAAGGAAACAUCUACUAUGAAUGCAAUCACUGAUUUAAAAUUAGAUUUCAAUAGUUCUAGUGAUGAAUCUGAGCAAGAAAAAUAUUUAGAAGGAGAAGGGAUAGGUAGACCAGUUGCUGCAUCAAAUGCAAUAAUUCGAUUUAAAAUUCCUGUACACUUGCACAAAAAUGUAUCCUAUUCCGAUGAAAUUGAUAGCAAUCAAUCAACUAUGUGGCUUGGUACUGAAGACGGUUAUGUACACAUCUAUAACUGCACUGAAAGUAUUAGAAUAAAAAAAAACAAAAUUAAGAUACAACACGCAUCAGCUGUUUAUGCAAUCCUGCAUCUUGAAAACAGAAUAUUUGUUUCACUAGCAAACGGUGACUUAUGUGUCUAUCGUAGGGAUAAGGUUCGUUGGAAUACAACAUCACCUCUCUGUUUUUCGAUUGGAACGGUUUCAAGUCCAGUGACCAAGUUUUUGAACGUUUAUUUGAAGUUAUGGUGUUCUAUUCAAGGAAUUAUAAAGGUUUUGGAUACGAAAACCUUGCAAGUUGUUCAUCAAAUACAAGUAUCACCAGAUUCUAAACCUAUUACAAACAUGGCUCUUACUCUUAACACCGUGUGGAUAUCUGUACAGAAUUCUGCAACUAUCAAAUGUUUCCAUGCAAACACAUACCAACUAGUAACGGAAGUUAACUUAGGACCAGCUGUAAAUAAGAUGUUAUCUAGUUGCGACGACAUUAUUCGUCAACAUAAAGCAGCUUGUCUACGUGUAACGUCUUUACUAUCAUGUAAAGAUCUUAUUUGGAUUGGCACAAGCGCAGGAGUUUUACUGACAAUAUCAGCACAUGGAAUUGAAAAUGGAUCAGUAAACGUUGUUCCAUCAGGAAUACCGUAUGGGCAUACAGGUCAUGUUAGAUUCCUAACAUUUGUUGAGUCUUCUCUCAACCAAACCCAUGAUUCCAAGUUAACAGAUACACAUUUAAGCACAUGCAAUAGAAACCAAAUAUACUCAAGGGACAGUAAAAGUACGACGGAAAACAAUUAUACAUUAGUAAUAUCGGGUGGAGACGGAUUUGAAGAUUUUCGAAACUCGGGAGCAAACUCUUUAAGCGAAAUAGCUGGAAGAGAAGACAGUACAAAUUAUCUACUAGUAUGGCAGAUUUCAUAAAAUGAAUGGAUAAGAAUAAAAAUUAUUUGUUUUCCUUAAA